UGGCUGUAACCAACAACAUCAGCAACACCAGCUGUUUCUGACUAAUAAUUUAUUUAUUUGUUUAUUAAUAAUAUAAAUAUUAUUUAUUGUAAAUAAUAAUAAAAAUGAGCUCAGGUGAUUGGGAUGAAGUAAAGAGGUUGGCUGCUGACUUUCAGAAAGCUCAACUUAGUUCAACAUUACUCAAGUUGUCUGAAAGAAAUUGCGUUGAAAUAAUAACAAAAUUGAUUGAAUCAAAUUUAUUAAACGUUGUAUUUACAGCUGAUGGAAAAGAAUACAUAACACCACAACAUCUUGAAAAAGAAAUAAGAGAUGAAUUAUAUAUAAGUGGUGGUCGAAUUGAUUUAGUUAAAUUGACGAAAAUACUUAACGUUGAUUUUACUCAGGUAUCAAAAAUAGCUAAUGAAAUUGAAAAAUAUGACAAAGGUGUUAAAAUAAUACUAGGUCAAUUGAUAGACCGGAGUUAUAUGACUAAAAUAGUUACCCAAAUAAAUGAUAAAUUGAACCAAGCUGGACACAUAAAUAUUGCUGAAUUAACAAUUCAUUACGAUUUACCGGCUGAAUUUUUACAAUCAUUAGUUGAAAAAUCACUAGGUAAAUCUAUUCACGGACAGCAAGAUAAACAGGAUCCCAAAUUUUUUUAUACUGAUAAUUUUAUCGCUCGUAAUAAAUGCAAAGUUCGCGGUGCACUUAUUGCUAUUACAAGACCUACACCUCUGACUGCUAUUUUGGGACAAUGCGCCGUUCCUGAAAGAAUUUUUUUUACUAUUUUUGAUGACCUUCACAAUGCUGGAGAAACUCCUGGUGUGUUAACUAGCAAGCAGAUAAAUAGUGGAAUAUAUGUACCAACAAUUUAUACAAAAACUCAAUCAGAGUGGGUUGAUAAUUUCUACAAACAAAAUGGCUACUUAGAAUACGAUGCACUCACUCGUCUUGGAAUAAAUGAUGGUAAAAGUUAUAUAAAACGUCACUUUUCACAAAACACCCCAAUAUUACUGGACAGUGUUGCAGUAGGUCCAGCAAUUAUUGAUCAAAUAGAUGCUAAUGUUGAAGAAGUUAUUGCGACAAACUCAUUUGUCGACAUCUAUCCUCUCCUUCCCUCUGUUUUUACUCCCGAAGAUAUCGAAAUCCUGUUAAAAGAUGCAUUGAAACGUUUGAAAAAAAAUUUUCAUAUUUUCAUUACAACUGUUAUUGCUUCUGAAGCUUUUAUGCAUAAUUUGAAUAACAAACUCGAGUCAAUUGCUGAAUUAAAAGCCAAAGAGGCUGUUGAUAGCGGCAAGUGGUUGCAGCAUGUCGCUGAAAGUAAAAUAAAAACGAGUAAAAAUAUUGAAAGUCAUAAAUUUGAGGGUAACAGCAAGAAAGAUGAUCGCAGAAAAAAAGCCGCCAGUGGCAAAGCUGGGGGUGGUAGUCAGGGAAGAGAAACUAAAACAAAGUCAACUAAGAAAAAAUAUUAUCAAGGAAAAAAUAAUGACAAUGAUUAUGAUGAUGAUGAUGAUAACAGAGGGUCCAAGGGGCCAGAUAAAUUUGAAUUAAUAUUAUUUUCCGUUGACGAUUUGAAAAGUGAAUUGAAUAGAUAUGAAAAUUUAUCAGAUGUUGAAGAACUUGUUGAUGAGUUGACGAAUUAUUUCCACCCGAAAUUAAAUAAACUCUCACUGACACUGGCUGAGAAAUUCGCCCAGGCAACCAAGACAACUAACUUCAGUGAUGCUGAAGACAAAUUAAAUAUGCUGAUUACAAAUAUUCGUGUUUUUGAUAAAGGAAUAAAGUGCAUAGGAAACAAAGAUACCGUUAAUUCGUUGACAAAAUAUUUAAUCAAGACACUGGGUACUGAUUUCAUAAACGAGUUACUCAAAUUAGCGGCUGUGCAAAACGUUUUACAGUGUUCAGAUAAUUUAACGACGGAAUCGCGGCAGAAAAUGAUUGUCGAGCUGCCUGAUGAUAUCAGAGAUGAACUAGACAAUGUCAACAAAGCUGUAAUGAAAGGUUCCAUUGAAGAAUUAUUAAAUUCAGCUGACCCAGCUAUGGCUGCCUGUUGUUUAAUUCUAAAAAAAUUCGACAAAAAACGGGAGAAAGCAAUCAUACUUGGUCACAGACAAGCUUUGCUUGAAGAAUUAAAAGAUACUGAGGAUCCAGCUCUGGCUCUUCAUUUGACGACGAGUAUUUUAUUUACUGCCGCUACUCAGUGCGCUCUUCACAUGUCUGGCAGACAUGUUUCCUCUAUUUUAUCAUUUCUUCAAUCGUUUUUAAUUCCUACCACUUCUACUCUACUUACUGACUACCACGAUCAUGUUUUAGAAUUAUUGAGUUCCAAUGACUCGACAACAAAAGAAGAGACACGAAAAUUAUUGACUGACGGAUUGGAUAAAUUAAAAGACAUUGCUUACAGUUUCAAAGAGCAAAUUAAAAACUCGGACAAUAAAAAUGAAUAA